GCAUUUGCAGAUGAGAAGAUCUUUACUGUGCUGAGUGAAACGCUCUACAACCUUCUACAGCUGGACUGGGAGCAAAGAGCCGAGGAGGAUAAUUUACUGAUCGAGAGAAUUUUGCUGCUGGUCAGAAAUGUGUUGCAUGUCCCUGCAGACCCAUAUGAGGAAAAGAAUGUGGAUGAUGAUGCCAGUAUUCACGAUAAACUGCUGUGGGCCAUUCACAUGAGUGGGCUGGAUGAUCUGCUGAAGUUUCUGGCGUGUGCUCAGAGUGAACAGCAAUGGAGCUUCCACAUCUUGGAAAUCAUCUCCCUAAUGUUUCGAGAUCAGACUUCUGAGCUUUUGGUGAAUGCAGGACAGAUGCGUUCAGCCCAGGAGAAACAGAAAGACGUUCAGGAGCUGGAGUUACUUAGACAGAAAGAACUGGCAGAAAAACGCAGCCGCACGCUAUUGAGAGGUGCCAGGCACUCUCGUUUCCGUGGCUCUUAUGUCAUUCAAGGACUGAAGGCCAUUGGGGAGAAAGAUGUGAUUUUUCACCAAGGACUUCACAAUUUUAAGAACUAUUCUCAUGAUGUGGGUAAGCCCGUGAGGCGUGUACCUAAACGCAAACAGAUGGCUCAAGACUCCGAGAACCAACGACGCUCAGCAUUGAACGUACGGCUCUUCCUGCGUGAAUUUUGUAUCGACUUUUUGGAGAACUGCUAUAAUCGACUUAUGUACCUUGUGAAGGAGGGGUUGAUCCGUGAACGGGCCCAGCAGCAUGAUGAGACAUACUAUCUGUGGGCUAUAACAUUCUUCAUGGCCUUUAAUCGUCAUCAGAACUUCAGACCAGAUGUGGUGUCUGAGACGAUAUCCACCCGUACCUUUCAUUUCAUUGAGAAGAACAUCACCAACUACUAUGAGAUGAUGCUCACUGACCGGAAAGAUGCCACAUCAUGGUCUCGCAGGAUGCACUUGGCUCUGAAGGCAUAUCAGGAACUGCUGCUGACAGUAAAUGAAAUGGAUCACUCAAAGGAUGUAAACAUCAAACACAGUUCCAAUGUCAUAAAGAGUAAUAUCUUUUAUCUGAUGGAGUUCAGGGAGAUUUUUCUGACUCUCCUACGUAAAUAUGAUGAGCGAAUGCAGCCUCGCUCAUUUCUGAGAGAUCUAGUGGAGUCCACACAUCUGUUUUUGAAGAUGCUGGAGAGGUUCUGCAAGGGUCGAAACAGUCUGGUAGUACAGAAAAAAAGAGUGAAAAGAAGGAAACGUAACCAGAAGACCCUUCACACAGAACCCACAGCUGAAGACCUGGAACAGACAUGGCAGAUAGUGUCUCAAGAACUCAGAGCAUCUGGCUUUCAGUUGUCAGAGAGUUUGACAGAGGGUGCUGUGCCCUUUGAUGCCACGUCUGAGACUCCAGUAGAUGAGCAGAAGACAGAAGCAUUGGGCAGGAUUCAAGACUGUAUUAUGUCUUGCACAGGACCUGAAGCUUUGAGUUUACUUCGUGCUGCACGGGCAGUGUGGCCUGAAGGAGACACAUUUGGAUCUAUUGAGGUGGAACCUGAGGAGGAGCUUGAGCUUCUGAAGCAGAUACUUUUCACUAAACUCCCUAAGUCGGUUCCUGUAGAUUCUGUACUUGAGGAAGAGGAUGGAGUUGAGUUGGAGGAAGAGGAAGAGCUGGAGUCUGUUGCUGUAUCUGAGACGGAGUUCAACUUCUUAGAUUUCAUCAAGAGGUUUGCCAAUCCAGGGGUUGUUCGUCCAUACAUUAUCCUGUUGCGCUCAUACUCCCAGAACUCUGUUCACACCAACCACUGCAUCACACGCAUGCUGCACAGACUGGCUGUGGAUCUAAAGAUGGAGGCAUUACUGUAUCAGUUGUCCAUCUUUUCCUCGUUUAAUAAGAUCUUGGAAGACCCAGCGGCGGCUGCCUAUCAGGAGCUUGUUACAUUUGCAAAAUAUGUUCUGAAUCGGUUCUUUGUGUUUACUACUAAAAACAACAAAGCGUUUGUGGAGCUGCUGUUCUGGAAGAAUGUAGGUGCUGUAAGAGAAAUGACAGAGGGAUAUAAUAAAGACGGGGAAGGCAAGAAAAGCAAAUGGACUCCAGAGGAAGAAGAACAGCUUCAGCACUUGUAUGAAGAGUACAAAGAAUCUGGAGUGCCAGAUAUUGUUGAGACGAUAUUACCAUUGCUGAGCAUCAGUCGCACUAGACGUGAGGUGGUGUCUCGCAUGGUGUCCAUGGGUUUAGUGGACAGUGCGAAGGAUUUGAAGAAAGAGAGGAAAGGUACUCGUAUCGUGCUCUGGACUGAAGAACAGGAACAAGAACUCCAGAUGCUCUUUGAGGAGUUUAAAGACUCUGAUGAUGUGCUUGGAAAUAUUCUAAAGCAGAUCACAGCCAAGCGUUCAAGGGCUCGAAUAGUCGACAAGAUCCUCAGCAUGGGUCUAGUGUCCGAUCGCAGAGAUCUUUACAAGAAGAGAAAACGCGGUGCUCCUGGGAAGGGUACUGGAAUGACAGAGGAAGAGUUCUUUGAUCUGACUGGAGAGCUGCAGGAGAAGGAACUGGAGAUAGAGGAUGAAGAAGAUAAAUCUGAUCAAGAUGAAGAUGAACAAGACUAUGAAGAGCUUGUUGACAACUCACCCAAAGAAAGACAAAAGAACACGAGUAGAGAUAAUUCUUUGAAGAAAAUUCAUAGUCUGAGAAACAUGGUCCAAACUUUACAGCAACAAGGUCUGUCAGGGCCUGUCAUGUGGCUACAGAAUUCACUUAACCGAACUGCUGAUGACCGCGAGGAGGAUGGUGUUUCUCAUCCUGUGGCACUGGUUCCUCUGACAGAGGAGAAUGAAGAUGCCAUGGAGAACAAGACUUUCCAAAAACUUCUACGCACAGUCGGUAUCCGUGAACCCACAGAUGGACAGGAAUCUUUCUGGAGAAUUUCUUCCAGUCUGAGCGUGCAUCAGCUGAGGUCAGUAGCAGCAUCUCUUGACCUUGUUGAGGAGGCUGCAGCUGAAGAGGACUCUGAGGGAAACAAGGAGAGCAGUCUGACUGUUGAGAUGGAGGAUAAUGAUAAUCAAGAGAUGAGAGCUCAAGCACUGAGAGCUUUGCUGUUGUCACGCCAACGGAAAUCAAAGGAUUCUCCAUCAUGUGAGGGCAGUUCUGAUACUGUGGAACAAAGUGACCCUAUAGAGAAGAAAAUAUCUAAGAAGAGAAGAAGAGUGUUGGAUGAUGAUGAUGAUGAUGCUGAUGAUGAUGAUCAGAGAGAUAUUUCAGAUGUGGAUCCUUUAUCCAGGAAUAACUUUGAAAGAAGCAUCGAUUCAGACCAUGAGAGUCCUGCUGCCCCAGCUAAGCGCAGAUAUAAGAGAGUGUUAAGUGAUGAAGAAGAAGAUAACUAGAAAUAUUAAUGCAGCACAAUACAAUAAUAAAGUCUGCAAUCUACCUUUUUUUCUGAACUUUUGUAGUUACCCAGGAAAUAACUGUUGGCCAUGUUUGUGAUAUUUUACUAUUUUGGAAAAUCUUUGUGAAUGUAAUUUCAAAAUGCUUUUUGGUUUAGAAACUUGUUGAUACACCAGCAUUCUCAAUUAAGUGUCAGCAAAACAAUAGUUGCUUUUUGUUUUCACAUUUCUAUAGGUUUUGGCACAGUGUUCACUAUAUAAUUCUUUAACAGAGAAAUCUUUUGCUCUUAUGAGUUAACUGACUGUGCUCUUUUUUUAUGUUAAUAAAGUUUACUGUAUGAAACUA